AAACACAGGCGCAUGCCACACGGACACGGGCAUCUCCCCAAUACCUAUGACCCCAACUCCCUCCAGCGCCGCCGCCGCCGCCCCCCUCUUCUGCAACCACCACGCCGUCCGCGCAGCCCUAAAGCACGCUGCUCCUUUCCCUUCCCAAGCCGCCCUGGAUCUGGCGAUGGAGGUGGCCGCCGUCGUGGCCAUGGAGGUCUCGCCAGCCGCCUUCGAAGUCCUACAUCCCCGAUAUCGACGGGAUUGCAGCCGCCUGGCCAAGGCGGAGAGCCUGGUUGUGUGCGGCGGAGAUGGCGCCCCGCCUUUGCGCCUCAUAAGGCUGGGCGUAGCUUCGCCGAGGCCAUGACCUCUCCAGGAGGGGAGUCCGGGAGGCGGGACAGCCGGCAGCGGCGCCAUUCUGUUUGGGGAUGCUUGGAUCUGGUGAUGCUAGAGCAUGGGAACGGGAAACAUCACCUCAGCUAUGGAAUUUCAAAUAGCCAAUUUACCUUUCUCCCUAAAGAUUUCUUACACUGCUGUCAGUAUCAUUGCUCUUGGGGUCUAGAUUUUGUUAAUAUCAAAAUCUGGGUACUUACCAGCAAACGAGUUGUUGAUCUAUUUACUUAGUCAAGUUCAUUUAUGCUAUGUUCUUCAGUCAAGCUUUA